UGCUUUUCCAGGAUUGCCUCAUCCAUAAACACGAGAAAUCACACUUUUGUAACCGAGUUCAUCUUGUUGGGAAUUCCUAAUACUGAAGGGCUAGAGAGCAUGCUUUUUGUCCUGUUCUUGGCCUUCUAUCUCUUCACCUUACUGGGUAACCUACUUAUAUUACUCACUGUGCUGACUUCCUCUAAUCUCCAUACCCCCAUGUACUUUUUCCUGGGAAACCUGUCAGUGUUUGAUAUAUUUUUUCCAUCAGUAAGUUCCCCUAAAAUAAUGCUCUGUUUAGUUGGACACAGUUGCACCAUCUCCUACGAGGGCUGUGCAUCCCAGCUUUUUUUUUACCAUGUCCUGGGUGGCACCGAGUGCUUCCUGUACACGGUCAUGGCCUAUGACCGCUUUGUGGCUAUUUGUCACCCCUUGCGGUACACAGUCAUUAUGAAUUUCAAGGUGUGUACUGGUCUGACACUGGGCACCUGGCUGGGAGGUUGUCUACAUGGAAGCAUCCUUACCUUUCUCAUCUUUAAGUUGCCGUACUGUGACCUCAAUAAAGUGGAUAAUUUCUUCUGUGAUAUCCCAGUGGUGUUGCCCCUCGCCUGUGCUGACACUUCUCUGGCUCAGACAGUGAGUUUUACUAACGUAGAUGUUGUGACUUUGACAUGUUUUUUCCUUAUCCUCACUUCCUAUAGUCGCAUUGUCUUUUCCAUAUUGAAAAUAAGCUCAUCAGAAGGCAGGCGACGAGCUUUCUCAACUUGCAGUGCCCAUCUGAUUUCAAUUCUCUUCUUCUAUGGUCCUGUGAUGCUCAUCUAUCUAAGACCAGCAUCCAGCCCCUGGCUGGAUUCUGUCAUCCAAGUCUUAAAUAACAUUGUCACUCCUUCCCUUAACCCUUUGAUUUAUACCUUGAGAAACAAGGAUGUGAAGUUGGCUCUGAGGAAAGUGUUAGCUCAAGUAGGCUAA